UCAAGCGCGCCCUCAUGCGACAAAUAUGAUGACGGCAGGAUCAUGUGAUCGUGACUGAGUGACCCAGAGAAAAAUGGCGGCGGCAGGUUCGCCGCUCCCUCCUCUACCUGCCGCCUUUAAACCGGUACAGCAUCACCUGAAGACGGCCACAGAUCAUGACAAGCGCGAUCCGGUCAUCGCCUACUACUGUCGUUUGUACUCGAUGCAGACUGCCAUGAAGAUUGACAGUAAGAGUCCGGACUGUCGAGGCUUCCUCAUCAAACUCAUGGACCAGUUGGAGCAGAUGAAGUCCCAGCUGCAGGGAACAGAAGCGAUCACAAACGAGGUAGUCGGACAGGCCCAUGUGGAGAGCUACGCCCUGAAGAUGUUCCUGUUUGCUGAUAACCAGGACAGGGCUGCAAACUUCAACAAGAGUGUGGUGAAGUCGUUCUACACAGCCAGCAUGUUGUUUGACGUGCUGCAAGUGUUCGGAGAGCUCAGCGAGGAUCUGAUCAAACACAGGAAGUACGCUCGCUGGAAGUCUGCGUACAUCCACGACUGUCUGCGGAAGGGCGAGACACCGAUGCCAGGUCCGCUCGGAGGGGAGGAGGGCGGAGUUGAAGCUCCUCCACCAAUGGGCUUCAAGGACCUGCCUCCCCAGCAGCCAGCUGUCAAUCAAUUCCCCCCUCCGACCAAUCAGGUUCCUCCUGGAGCUCAUGCUCCGCCCACCACCCCUGCGGAGACCCCCAGCAACCCCGUCCCAACACAGCCGGCUCCAGUUGCCUACGACAACUAUCUACAACCUACGGCAUCCGGUGGUGUCUCCCUGACCAUGGAUGAAAUGAACAAGGCCUCCAAGUUGUGCCGCUAUGCAAUCAGCGCUCUGCAGUACGAAGACGUCCCCGAGGCUAUCAACAAUCUGCAGAAGGCGCUCAGACUACUCACCACCGGGAAGGAGAGCUGAGACACCCCGGGAAGGAGAGCUGAGACACCCCGGGAAAGAGAGCUGAGGAGAACCAAUUCCCUAGGACCCAUGUCUUGCGAUUAAAAAGAAAAACAAGUUGACCUUCAACCAGAUUUUUUGAGUGACGAACUUUAAUCUUCAAGCAGAUCCUACGGUGGCAUAAGAUGGUAUAAAAAGCUGGCAAAGGAGUGAAGCUGUCCUAGGAGUGUACAUGUAUAUGGCCACAAGAGUGAAGGCGAUGUAAAAGACUGUGUUUGCAUAUACAAUUGUGUGGCCGCGUGGCGCAAUCGGCAGCACGUUUGACUCAGCUCCAGGAGGUCCUGAGUUCAAACCCUGCCGUGUCACCGAUCUGGUGCCCUUGGGAAAGGCACUUAACACAACUUUCCUCACUUCACUCAAGUGAAAAAUGAGUAUAUAGGCUACAAAAGUCUUCAGCAAGUUGAAGUUGGUAGCCUCAAAAUGAAAGAAGAGAAGAAGACCAGAUUGAAACACACUCUUUGCGCCAGCUUCACCCCUUUGCCAGCAUUUGAUACUAUCUUAUGCUACUGUAGGAUCUGCUUGGAGAUUAGGGCAAACUCCCAGCUCUGAUCCUGGGAAGGAGAACUGGGUUCAAGCUACUCACCCCGGGAAAGAGAGCUGUCAGAGAUUUGGUGUUCUUGAUGCACACCUAGUUUUUGCUUAUUAAUAACUAUAGUAGAGUUUUACAGUAAGUCUCCUGCUUAGGCUAACGUCACGUUUCCAAAACUGGGCCCGGAUGGGCUGUUUGUGGA